AUGCUGAUCCAGCGCCAAACCGAGCGCGCACCCUACGAUAGCGUUUCUGUGCUUCUACUGCGCUGGGAGGAGGAUACCUCGGUUGAGGCCGAUCUGACGGCUUUGGAAAAUAUACUGCGAGACCGAUACAACUACCAGACAAAUCGAUGGGCCAUCCCGACCGUACCCAACCCCAGCAUCAAGCUUGGGGUCCAGAUGGCCUCCUUUCUCGAACAUGCCCGGCCAAAUCACUUGUUGAUCAUCUACUACGCCGGCUAUGCAUAUGUUGGAUCGGAUAACCAGCUCUACUGGGCCUGCAAUACGCGAGAAGAUGCUGCGAAGCUCAAGUGGGAUGGAGUACGCUGCCUGUUCGAAGACGCCCAGUCCGAUAUUUUGCUGUUGCUCGACGCCUGCUCCGUUCGUGAUAUACCCGUGUCUGGAAGCCAUGGCACCAAACAAGCCAUUGCAGCUGGCGGCCCUGAGCAAAAUCCCAGAGAGGCUGCGGGCAAGUCCUUCACAUAUCACUUGAUUGAAGCUUUGCACAAGUUGAGUAUCGCUGGUAGACCGUUCAGUGUACCGAGGCUACACGAGGAGAUUGUCCAGCUGAGGCAGCAGGAAACCGCGCAAGCAGCUAAACUCACAAACGGUGCCAGCAAAACUCCGCCACCAUCAUCACCACAACUUCCCAUCUGCUUCACCCUGACACCUGGAAAAGGUCAAAGUCUGAGCUUAGCUCCCUUGCCUGCUCGGGCGGGACAACAGCAAUCGCCGCGCAACGGGGCUGAUGGGGAAUCACUGUCGAGGGCUGUGCGCGAAGACCAGCUCAUUGAUCCUGAGUCUGUUGCUGAUUUACGUUUCGAUGAGCCACGAGUACUUGUGUGUACCACAUUCGUUGGAGAUGCCAGUCCAGACAUGUCUUUCUUCAAUGGCUGGCUUCACAACACACCGCCCCUGGCUGCCAAGAUUGAGGUCGAGGGGAUGUUUCUCGGACCGCCCACCAUGCUUCUGAUAUCAAUGCCCCAUUCAAUAUGGAACGUCGUACAGCACGAUAAAGUCUGCUGCUUCCUGGGAUAUAUCACGUCGCAUAACAUGAUUCACCUGUACCAGAAGCUCAAGGGCUCUGCCGGGAUUCCCAAAGUUACGGCGAAGGAAGUCGAGGACGGACGCAUCUUGUUGGAAGCGCGAGAGCUGGCGGCAAGUACGCCAUCCAUGCGCCAGCGCUCAUUAGACAGCAAAGACGCAUCUUUCCACGAGACGGCGAAUCGCAUCGAAACCACGCCGUCCAGCGUGCCGUUUGCAGCGGCUGCCGCUGCCUCCGCAGUUGUUGAUGGCAAAGACGAUGUUGAGGACUCGGCCGAGAUGCAGGAAGCGGCAGAACAGCUCAAAGCUCUUAGUCAUGUCCGCCACUUGAGCGAUGAAGCACCGCCGGCCGUAGAGCGGCAACUUGAGGGCAAGGGCAACGAGUUCAACCGAAAAGAUCUUUUCACCCAACAUCUUCGUCGCAUGCAUGCGCCUUUCGCGAUCAAGAAAGCCAUUGCCAAAGGAGAUAGUAAACUGCAAGUCGAGUGGGAGGGUCACGUCAAGGAGAUGCAGACUACUUGCCUCGUCACACGCCGGUCGCCGCCUCAGAGGUCGGCAUGUCCCAAAUCAGAUUGCCAAGUCGUUUUUGAAGGGCCUGGUUCUUGGGACGAAUGGACCGAACAUGUCGGCAGGCAUAUGGAGAAGGGCGAGGGCCAGCGACUCGGUGUUGAUCGGUUGCUGGCAAAGUGGGCUUUUGAAGAGGGUAUCAUCGAGCGAAAAGACGAUGGUGAGUAUCGUCUUUGUGCCGGGAAUGGCCCCGGCACUGGUGGUGGCCCCAUCGGCGGAGAUUCAAAAGACUCGAUAUCGGUGGCAUACCCUGAACCGAAAUUGGAUGUUGAAGAAACAACCGAGACCAAGGACACUGCCGAGGACAAGAUGGAAGUGGAUGGCUAG